GUUCUCUCUGUGAUCAUGGAGGAUAACUAUAGAGAAAGCCAUCAUCACUCUGAAUCUCAAAGCCAUAAAAACCACCAGCACAAUGACAUACUCCCUUCUACAUCCGUUCUCUUGAUUAUCGUUCCUAUCAUAAUUAUAAUCCUGCUUAUUGCAAUAUCUCUUCUCAUUGUCAUGCUCAAGCGCAUACAAUCCGCCAAACACAAUGGGACUAAUAAUAGUUCAAAAAGUGUCAUCAACAAAAACAAUUGUAUGUUCGUUGCACAUAGCACCAUCGACAUCCAUUUAAGUCCAGAUGUAAAGGGUCGAUGUCUGCCUGGACAUGGAGGAAGUUCAGGGAGGAUGCCAGAAACAAAAUUGAGAGGAGUUCAAGUAUUUACAUACAAGCAGCUGGAGAUGUCUACAGACAAAUUUAAUGAGGCAAAUGUGAUUGGCAAUGGAGGUUAUGGGGUUGUGUACAGAGGAGUCCUCAUUGAUGGAACUGUGGCUGCAAUUAAAGUUCUGCAAAGGGAAGGCAAGCAAUGGGAACGUUCUUUUAGAUUAGAGGUGGAUUUAUUAAGUCGCUUACACUCUCCUUACUUGGUUGAACUUCUUGGCUACUGCGCAGACCAACACCACAGGCUCCUAAUUUUUGACUAUAUGCCUAAUGGUUCACUCCAGCAGCAUCUCCACAGCGCGCAUAAACAAUCCACAAACUCAUUGAACUGGGGAAUUAGGUUAAGAAUUGCCCUUGAUUGUGCUAGAGCUUUGGAAUAUCUACAUGAGCACACAACUCCAUCAGUCAUCCACAGAGAUUUCAAGUGCAGUAAUGUUCUACUUGAUCAAAAUUUCAGAGCUAAGGUGUCUGAUUUUGGGCUAGCAAAAAUUGGCUCAGACAAAUUGAACGGUCUGAUCUCAACGCGAGUAUUAGGGACCACGGGAUAUUUGGCCCCAGAGUAUGCUUCAACUGGCAAACUUACAACAAAAUCAGACGUAUACAGUUACGGUGUGGUUCUUCUAGAGCUAUUGACAGGCCGUGUACCAAUUGAUACAAAGAGGCCUCCUGGAGAACAUGUACUUGUCUCAUGGGCUCUCCCAAGGUUGACAAACAGAGAAAAAGUAGUUGAAAUGGUUGAUCCAACAUUACAAGGGCAGUACACGAAGAAGGAUCUAAUCCAGGUAGCUGCUAUAGCAGCAAUGUGUGUUCAAACAGAAGCAGAUUAUCGUCCGUUAAUGACAGAUGUUGUGCAAUCCUUAGUAACUCUUGUUAAGACAUACUCUUCUUCAUGCCCUGCCAAUUCCUUCAGAUCAUAUAACCAGACUGUGAGUCCAAGGUCUUAGGAGGAGCCAUUAAUUCGGAAUCUGAAGACGCGCGUUUCCAACAUUAUUCGUGAUUCAACAUUUCCAUAAAAUAAGUUAUUUGCUCAAAUGUUGGAGAAUGACAACCUGUAACAAAUAUCUGGUUAUAGCAAUAAGGCUUAUGUAUGC